CCACGAAGACAGCUGCGUAGACUGAGCACGCAGGGAGUCCGGAGAGGAGGCCCCGGUCACUGUGGCUGCACCCUAGGCCCCCCACCAUGGCGCUGGGCUUGGAACAAGCAGAGGAGCAGCGGUUGUACCAGCAGACGCUCCUGCAGGAGGGGCUCAAGGACAUGCUGGACCACGGCAAGUUCCUUGACUGUGUCGUUCGGGUGGGUGAGCGCGAGUUCCCGUGCCACCGCCUGGUGCUGGCCGCCUGCAGCCCCUACUUCCGGGCCCGCUUCCUGGCUGAGCCAGAGGGCGCGGGCGAGCUGCGCCUGGAGGAGGUGAACCCGGACGUUGUGGCCCAGGUGCUGCACUACCUGUAUACAUCGGAGAUCUCACUGGACGAAGCGACCGUGCAGGAUUUGUUCGCCACCGCUCACCGCUUCCAGAUCCCAUCCAUCUUCACCAUCUGCGUGUCCUUCCUGCAGAAGCGCCUGUGUCUCUCCAACUGCCUCGCUAUCUUCCGCCUCGGGCUCCUGCUCGACUGCGCGCGCCUGGCCGUGGCCGCCCGCGACUUCAUCUGCGCGCGCUUCUCGCUCGUGUCGCGUGACGCCGACUUCCUCGGGCUGUCGGCCGACGAGCUCAUCGCCAUCAUCUCCAGCGACGGCCUCAACGUGGAGAAGGAGGAGGCCGUGUUCGAGGCGGUGAUGCGAUGGGCGGGCAGCGGCGACACUGAGGCACAAGCCGAGCGCCAGCGCGCGCUGCCCACUGUCUUCGAGAGCGUGCGCUGCCGCCUGCUGCCGCGCGCCUUCCUGGAGAGCCGCGUGGAGCGCCACCCUCUCGUGCGGGGCCAGCCCGAGUUGCUGCGCAAGGUGCAGAUGGUGAAGGAUGCACACGAGGGCCGCCUCACGGUGCUGCGCAAGAAGAAGAAAGCCGGGAAGGAGGGAGCCGGCGUCAAGGCGGCGGACAAGGGCGCAGGCGAAGCCAAGGCAGAGGAGGACGAGGAGGCCGAGCGUGUCCUACCGGGCAUCCUCAACGACACUCUGCGCUUUGGCAUGUUCCUGCAGGACCUCAUCUUCAUGAUCAGUGAGGAGGGCGCGGUGGCCUAUGAUCCCGCAGCCAAUGAGUGCUACUGUGCCUCCCUGUCCACCCAGAUCCCCAAGAACCACGUCAGCCUGGUGACCAAGGAGAACCAGAUCUUCGUGGCUGGGGGCCUCUUCUUCAACGAGGACAACAAAGAGGACCCCAUGAGUGCUUACUUCUUGCAGUUUGACCACCUGGACUCAGAAUGGCUCGGAAUGCCGCCGCUGCCCUCGCCGCGCUGCCUCUUCGGCCUGGGAGAGGCUCUCAACUCCAUCUAUGUGGUCGGCGGCCGGGAGCUCAAGGACGGCGAGCGCAGCCUGGACUCGGUCAUGUGCUACGACAGGCUGUCGUUUAAAUGGGGCGAAUCGGACCCACUGCCUUAUGCCGUGUACGGCCACACGGUGCUCUCCCACAUGGACCUUGUCUACGUCAUUGGCGGCAAAGGCAGCGACAGGAAGUGCCUGAAUAAGAUGUGUGUCUAUGACCCUAAGAAGUUCGAGUGGAAGGAGCUGGCCCCCAUGCAGACUGCCCGAUCACUCUUCGGGGCCGCCGUCCAUGAUGGUCGCAUUUUUGUGGCCGCUGGGGUCACAGACACAGGACUGACCAGUUCAGCCGAGGUGUACAGCAUCACAGACAACAAGUGGGCGCCCUUUGAGGCCUUCCCACAGGAGCGCAGCUCACUCAGCCUGGUCAGCCUGGCAGGCACCCUCUAUGCCCUCGGCGGCUUUGCCACACUGGAGACGGAGUCCGGGGAGUUGGUCCCCACAGAGCUCAACGACAUCUGGAGAUAUAAUGAGGAUGAGAAGAAGUGGGAGGGCGUCCUGCGGGAGAUUGCCUACGCCACAGGCGCCACCUUCCUACCUGUGCGGCUCAACGUGCUGCGCCUGACCAAGAUGUGACCAGACCAGCGGUCCUGAACUAAGCACCCCUCCCAUUCUGCGGCCAACGCAGGCUGUGCCUUCUGGGAGCUCCAGGCAGGAGGCUGGGAGAGGCCAGAGUCCACCUGGAUCUGCUGUGAUGCCCGCGUGGCUGCUUCAGCCAGGGAAGGUGACAGCGGCCCAGUUUUAGCCUUGGGGCAGGGACGAGGAGCUUUGGGCUUCUCCGGUGUCGCCAUAUCCCCCAAGUUCUUCGGUCGGUGACCAGAACCACAGGGAGGUGUUCCAGGCUGCAUCCUGGCCCAGCCCCAGCCUGGCUGUAUGUGCCAGUCAAUUUCCCACAGGACUCAGUCCUUGCCUGUCAGAUGGGAAGUAUCUCCAUCAAGUGCUCCUUGCAGCACAGAUGAGUCUCUUUCUGUAAGAAGAAUAAAGUGCCUUCCACGCAAGCA